UUUCCCGCCUGCUACAACUAAUAGCUGUCAUUUACAACAACUACCGAACUACGAUUCUUUUUUCAGAAACCUACAACAACAUGGCUGAAGUGAUUGGUGUCUCACGAUCAGGUCGCGUCAGGAAGAAGUCUUCCAAACUAUUGGACUAUGAAUCACCAGACGAAGCAGACGUUCGUCCAAAAAGGGGACCAAAUUCUGCUGCCAAAGGAAAGCCUAAAAAGUCUGUUGAACCCGCAAGAAGUGCUCUGACAGUCCCCCCUUUACAAAUACGGAUCCCAAAGAAUGUGAAUCCCCCACCAAUAGCUUUGAAACCAGAACCUUAUGAAGAUGAUGCAUCUACUAAUGGUGACAGUGACGAAUUCAGCAAUUCAAUGGAUAAAGAGGAGCUUGAGACUUACCAUGAUGACUCUAACAGCCAAUUGGAUGACUAUGAGCAGGAUGACAGCUUGAUGAAACAUGCCGACAAGAUGAAGCACCAAGGCAAUAACUCCAACUUCAUGAAAGGGAUGGUUGAGAUGGAGGAGGAUGAUAGUGAUGACCACAUUGAUCCUGAAACAAAUUCAGAUAGUGAAGCAGAUGUAGACGUAGCAGGUCCCUCUGAUCCCCCAAACUUUAUGGGAAACACUAAACAACCUUCUCUCUAUCUUCUUGAAAAUGCCAAGAAGAAAAUAGUUCUGAAAGAUGGAAAGUUGGUUGCAGCUCGUCAGAAAGCUCAACGCAAAGACAAAGGGAAAACGAGGUUCACAGCCUACAUGCUUUGGUCAAAAGAAAUGCGUCCUGUUGUCAGCCGUCAAAAUCCUGAACUCAAGUUUGAGCAAGUAUCCAAACGGCUUGGGGAGCUCUGGUCUACUGUUUCUCAAGCGGAGCGCAUGACCUGGAAACGGCGAGCAAUGCGGCAAGGAACGAAGUCUUCCGGAGGCAUGAUUUCAACAGGAAGAGUGAAACCGCAACCGGUCAGCCGAGUUAAGCCAUCCGUUUCUCCGAAACGCGUCUUUGCAGGUGCUCGUGGUACAGUCAAGCCACUCAGCCCAGCGAAGCAGCGACAGCGUUUCACAAGCUCUGAUGGAUUCGACAAUGUUACCAUUGCCGAGAAUGACAGCUCCACGCUCGGUUCGCCUCCCUCGGUGGUGCAGCCUAGAGCUCAUGAGCUGGAACCGCUGGAUGUGGCUACGCACCUUCAUCUCCUGGGGGAAUCUCUUUCCGUCAUCGGCUCGCGGCUGAAGGAGCAAAACGGACAAAUCGCCGUCUCUGGAAGCCUAUCUGUUCUGCUAGACUCGGUCGUGUGCGCUCUCGGACCCUUGCUCUGCCUCACACGCCUUACACCCGAGACAAAUGGCUGCCCUCCCGAGACUCUCAGCCGCAUAUUGGAUAACAUUGCCUACAUAAUGCCAGGAUUAUGAAUAAAAUACCAUCACUUCAUCAUCUUGUCAAUGCAAUGUAAUACGUAUUCUUUUUAAAUGUUUUCUCUUUUCCCAUCAGCCAACCCGUGCUUGGCAAUUAAAUUUCGAACUCUCUCCAUAUCUGCUGAUAGAAACGAAUGUGUUGUAGCAUUCAAAUUCAUUAAAUUCGUAGAAACAAACAAACUGACCGUAAAGUAAAGUUUGCAAUUUCGCUGGAUCUGCCAUCAUUGAAACGGUACGGAUUUCCGAUGCAAGCCCUUCUUUGAUGUGUAAUGUCAACUCGAUUAAGUGGGUUCCAUCGACUAUCCGCCAAGUGAUGUCCUGCAACUUGUUCACUGUAAUUCAGAAUGAAAUUCAUUUUUUCCUGUUGUGGAUUACUAUUACUUUCAGUUAUUACACGAAUAAUCAAGGA